AUGCUGGAGUUCUCUGGGGCUUGCGAAGGCUGUGGUGAGACCCCUUAUGCUAAGCUGGUUACGCAGCUGUUCGGUGAGCGUAUGGUCAUUGCCAACGCCUCGGGUUGUUCUUCAGUCUGGGCUGGUACUGCUGCCUUCAACCCACUAGCUGUUAACGACAAGGGUCAGGGUCCGGCAUGGGGCAGAUCUCUCUUCGAGGAUGCCGCUGAGUACGGUCUUGGUAUGGCUCGUGCCGUCCAAGAGCGUCGUCUUAAUCUCAAGGAGAAGGUUCAGGAGUUGGUUGAUGACGAGGAGUACAAAGCCUUGCUCAGCCCUGAGCUCGACAAUGCAUGUCAUGAGUGGUUGGAGAAGUACAAUGACUCUGUCAUCUGCCAGGAGCUCUCUGGUGAGAUCCCCGGUAUGCUGGAGAACACCAGUGCCCUACGAGAGGUUCCAUUGGUCCAGGAGAUUCUUUCUAUGAGGGACCUCUUCCCGAAGGUCUCCCAAUGGGUGUGGGGUGGCGAUGGUUGGGCGUAUGAUAUCGGCUUUGGCGGUCUGGAUCACGUCUUGGCUUCCCAGACAGAUCUCAACGUGCUGGUCAUGGACACUGAGGGCUAUUCUAAUACCGGUGGUCAGGUCUCGAAGUCUACCAAUUUGGGUGCAGUUCAGAAGUUUGCUCCCACAGGGUAUCGCCGCGCUAAGAAGGACCUUGGUGCCAUCGCUAUCGCCUAUGGGGACGUGUAUGUGGCGUCUAUCGCCAUUGGUGCAAACUAUGCUCAGUCGGUGAAGGCUUUGGUCGAGGCUGAGGCCUUCCCUGGUCCAUCCCUGGUGCUCUGUUAUUCGCCUUGUAUUGAGCAUAAGAUCCUCUAUCCUCGUGGUCUAUCAAGACUGGCCGAAGAAAUGAAGAAGGCUGUGGACUCUGGCUACUGGACGCUGUAUCGUUACAACCCUGCUUUGGUUCCACAAGGUCACAAUCCUUUCACCCUCGACUCUAAGCAUCUCUCUAUCGACGUGGCCCAGUUCACCAAGCUCGAGAACCGCUUUGAGAUCCUAAAGCGUACUCAUCCUGAGGUCGCUGAACAGCUCAAGGCGAGCCUUCAACAGUGGACGAGAGAACGUCUGGAGAACUAUAAGUGGAUGGAGAAGCGUGGUGCUCCUUCUGAGGAUGCUGCUGGUCCCGCCCUGGACAUCCUUGUCGGUUCGGACACUGGUACCACCACUGAGCUGGCUAGCCGCUUUGCUGGUCUGUGCCGAUCUAGGCAGUUUAACGUCGCUGUGCACGAGCUGGAUGAGAUCACUCCGGAGUCGCUAAGAGCUAUGAGUAACGUCGUGGUUCUGUGUUCUACUGCAGGUGAGGGUGAUUUCCCCAACAACGCUCAUGCCUUCUGGGAGGGGCUCUCGGAUCCUGAGCUUGAGGAGGGUUUCCUUGCCUCCACUAAGUUCUCGGUGUUUGGUCUUGGUGACACGGGUUAUAAGCAUUUCAACGCUGCUGCUAAGAAUAUUGAGAAGCGUUUGUUGGAGCUUGGUGCUGUGAAGUCCCAGGACAUUGGCCUUGGCGAUGAUAAGGAUGAUGACAAGUACGAAACCGCUUUCGAGAGUUGGCUCCCCGACUUCUGGAAAAUCCAGAAUGCGCCGGAGUCCCUGAUGAGCUAG